UCCAACAAGCAGAGGCAGAGCAGCUGUGGACACACUGUCUCCAGCCGCUGAGGCAAAGGCGUGGCCCGGGGCGCACUGGCACCGUCAUGCCUUCCUUAUCUCCAGCAGAGCCCUCGGCCGUGGCAGCCCCCAAUGCCACAGCAGCCGUGGCAGUGUGGACCAACACCAGCAUGCCCGAGGUGCCCCUGUUCCACCUGUUUGCCCUGCUGGACGAGGAGUUGCACGCUGCCUUCCCAGGCCUAUGGCUGGCGCUAAUGGCAGUGCAUGGCACCAUCUUCUUGGCAGGGCUGGUUCUCAAUGGGCUGGCACUGUACGUUUUCUGCUGCCGCACCAGGGCUAAGACACCAUCCAUCAUCUACACUAUCAACCUGGUGGUGACCGACCUGCUGGUGGGCCUGUCUCUGCCCACGCGCUUUGCCGUCUUCUACGGUGCCCAGGGCUGCCUGCGCUGUGCCUUCCCACAUGUCCUCGGCUACUUCCUCAACAUGCACUGCUCCAUCCUCUUCCUCACCUGCAUUUGUGUGGACCGCUACCUGGCCAUCGUGCAGCCCGAGGGUUCUCGUCGCUGGCGCCAGCCUGCCUGUGCCAGGGCCGUGUGCGCCUUCGUGUGGCUGGCCGCGGGGGCCGUGACCCUGUCCGUGCUGGGCGUGACAGCCAGCGGCUGGCCCUGCUGCCGCGUGUUUGCACUAACCGUCCUGGAGUUCCUGUUACCGCUGCUGGUCAUCAGUGUGUUCACAGGCCGCAUCAUGUGUGCACUGUCGCGGCCGGGCCUGCUGCACCAGGGCCGCCAGCACCGCGUGCGCGCCAUGCAGCUGCUGCUCACGGUGCUCGUCAUCUUCCUGGUCUGCUUCACGCCCUUCCAUGCCCGCCAGGUGGCCGUGGCCCUGUGGCCUGACAUGCCACAUCAGGCAAGCCUCGUGAUCUACCAUGUGGCUGUGACCCUCAGCAGCCUCAACAGUUGCAUGGACCCCAUUGUCUACUGCUUUGUCACCAGCGGCUUCCAGGCCACCGUACGUGGCCUCUUCCACCAGCAUGGAGCUGAGAGUGUGCCCAGCUGUGGCAACGUGGUUAGCAUGCCCAAGAGCUCCAAGGGCUCCGGCCAUCAUCACGUCCUCAGUGCCUGCCCUCGCGCCCUCACCCAGGCUCUGGCCAACGGGCCUGAGGCUUAGGGGGACCUACAAGGAGCCAAAGGUCUGGCUCUGCCCAGACACCAGCCAUGACCGGGGCAGCAAAUGGGUUUCAUCUUGACAGACUGAUGGUGCUCUUUGUUGAGACUCUAAGGCCACUGUGCUGGGGUCAAUUAACAAUGUCCUCCAAGGGUGUGGUGGCCAGAAGGCCAAUGAUGUGCUGUCCCUGGGGUAUAUUGUGCACAUUGAAAACUCAGAGGGGCAGCCAGGAGCUGCUCCCCACCUGUCAUUGCGUCCCCAGGAUGACUUCCUCAGAAAAAGGGACAAAAAUUAUUUAAAUACUCAAUAUUCCUGACAGGAUUUUUAAAAACCUCCAGAGCCACUCUAUCCCUGCCUCAUUCACAUGGGUAGAGGGAUAAGGACAGAGAGAAAAUGUCAGGGGACGUAAAUGUUGGGAGACACCCCCCGUCAACGCCCCUGUGGGUUGUGUGGUGAGAUGGCAGGCACACCGCUGUGAGCAGGAACUCUGAGCCCUGGGUUGACACUCGACACAACCACACAACGCAGAGGCUAUUUUUCAUCUACUUCCUGGUGCUGGAGGGGUUAAGUGACGUACACAGGUGCCACAGCCAGGCAACAGCAGGGUCAAAACCAAAGCCCAGCUCACCCUCCAAUGCCCUUGGAGCUCCUUCCACGAUACUUCCCAAGCCCCGAACCCUGCUGUCCUAGGACAACAACAGGGCUCAUGGCCCAUCCUACAGAUGAGAAAACCAAGAAUGAAGUCACACAGCAACUAAGGCCCAAGUCUGCCACCCCGAGGCCACUGUCUCCCCACACAAAGAGCCCUCUGAUCUCCCCUCCAAGGCAGGGAGAACUCCAGCUGCUCCGGCCUGGCCACCAUGUCCCUCAUGGCUUCACAGAGAUACUCUCUUUGGCUUGGGGUUCUGAUGGCCUCUUCUAAGCUGGACUCCAGGGUUGCUUCCCACAGGCCUUCUGUCAUGUGUCUAAGCUCCCACAAGCUCUUUCCAGACUAGCUUUAGAGGAGGGGAGCCCGUGGUCAGAGCCCCACCCCCACACUUGGCCACAGUCACUGAAGCAGGGCAGAUGCUCAGGGUGGUGGUGGCCUGUGUGGCUGGAGCAGGCGGAGGGGGAAGGGCAGGCAAGCCCAGGGCUCGCAGCUCCGCUGUAGGCAGAGUAUCCAGUUCCCAAGUUCAGGGCCCAGAGAGGGGCCUGGGUGGAAGAUGAAAAGGCUGUGUAUACACCCAUUUUACAGACAAGGAAACUGAGGGAGAAGGGCCAUCACAGAGUGAGUACAUGGGUGAUCCAAGGCUCAGCUUACUCCAGCCCCUUGAGGGGCAGCUGGGAUGGGGGUGUCAGCCCAGACACAUGAAUGCCCAGCAGGGUGGUGGUGGAACUGGGACCCCACCUGGGCUGCUUCUGGGCCCAGGUACCUAAGGAGCAGUGGGCACCACCAUGACCACUAGGCCAGGCAUGGUGGGUAGUCCCUGACGCUGCAUGGAAUAUGCCAGACCCAAGGACCACCCACUGGCUCCCCCUUGCCCCACCUAAGCCAUCUCUCCAUGUGACCUGGAGUGUGACACUCUCCUCUGACCUUGAUUCCCCCACUGUACUGUGAGGACCUCUCUGGGCCACAGGUAUGGGGAAGCCCAGGGCAAUGAGAAGAGAGCUUGGGUCAGGGAGCAGCCUAGCCUUGGGGGGCCCCACCGGGCUUCACAUGAAGCUUUACAGCCCCCCUUCUUUUACAGCACAUGUCUCUCCCUGCCACUGUUCUGCCCCCAUCAAAGUUCCCCCAGCAUGGUCCCAUUCCUGGUCAUCACUCUAAUUCACACUAAAGAGGCAUGUGAAUUAGUGUGCCUAAUACUAAUUAGGCUGACACCAGCUGACCGCUAUGCUUAGCAGGGGAGCAGGGGUUGCAAUCUUUCUGGAACAAUUCCUUCCUCUAGGAGGAGGAGUCGCUAAGGUGGGUGUGCCAGGCCCUCCCUCCUUGGCCCCAAUUCUGAAGCUCACCAUUCAGCCUGGGUUCUUUGGGGCCUCAGAGGCUUCUCAGCCUUGGAGGAGAAGGACACCCAGGGUCAAAGAGGAAGGUUCCCACUCCCACUCCCACUUGCAACGCUUGAAAGGGGUGCUUGCUGCCCUCUGGGAACCCAGCCUGACAGCCCCCCAUGCAGAACCCUCAAUCCCCAUCCCCACUCUGCUUUCUCCUCUGCCUUGCAGCUAGAGAGCUGGGUCUGUCAAGGCCCUUGCCAGUCCCCCCAGACCCCCCGACGCUUGGCCCCCUCCUGAUAGCAGCCCCCCCCUUCCCUUCUCUGUGGGGCCUACAGGAGCCUGCAGGUCAGACCAAAACUGUCCUGAGCCCCAUGAGGCCAGGGUGUGAGUUCUGUGGGUCCCACUCCCCAUGCUCUCCCUUCCCAGAUUUUCAGAACACCCAAGUGACAUGAAAUGGUGUGUGUAUUUAUAUCCGAUGUAAACAACAUCCUUAACUGAAGUCCUUGUCCUGAAUUAAAA